AUGCUAACUACGUUAGUUGAGAAGACAUUUGUUCGGGCUAUUCGUGGAGAGAUAACGGAUGAAGAAGCUGCUGAUCAGAUUGCUGAUUCACUUUGUGCUGAUUUUCCAACCAACAAUUUUCAGAAUUAUAUCAGUAGUGUUGAAAUUGAACACAGUGUUAACAAUGAUGGAAAGAUGGAUAUUUCUGCUAAUUUGCAACCACAUCCCUGUGAACAGCAUCAGCAACAGCCGAAAGUCCUAGGUACUAUAACUUUGGGUGAUUUGCACCCUGCACAAAUCGCACAAUUCCAGCAAGCGUUUGCAGAAGCCAGUAAAGGAUUAGCUUCAUCAGUUAUUUUCAAUGUACCGGUGCAGAAGACUGAUAAUCCAGAAGAUUAUUUUACUGAUGAAGACAAGGAGAGAUGUGCCCUUCUUCAAGAAUUAAUAUCUGGUCAGCGCCCAUUAAUAUUGCAUCCUUAUGUAUUCCUUCUUAACCGACGGUUUAAAUGGACUGAUAUUGCUGUUCCUAUUACCGAGACCGAUAAGUUCCGUGUUUAUCGACUAAACCAAGCGCGUAAUUCGCGAUGUUAUUACCGCUGUUCAGGCUGUGAGACUAUGGCAAAGGAACCCGGCGAUCCAAUUGCUCAAAUAAAACUUGCUGAAGGCCAUUUGGUAGGUGAUGUUAAUCCAACCCACAAUUCAAAAUGUGAAUUGUUUACAUUUUCUAAUAUCGUCAACCGACAGUUUGACAGAGAAGCUCGUCUUGAUGUCUAUAACGGAAUUAUGAACCCAAAAGAAGCUUGGAAUAGGGGACGUUUACGAGCUUUAAGAGCAGAAAGCUUGGUACCUAAAGGCUUACUAAAUGCAGAUGAAUAUCCUACGUGGGAUACGAUGAAUAAAGUUAUCAUGAAACUGUGGAGAAGUGCUAAGCGGGCAUACGAUGCUGGCAUCGAAAGUAUUGAUCGAGUUGGUAGUAAAGACUGGUGGCGUAAUAUUCCGCCACCAUCUGCUGCACGAAAAAGCACAAAGAGAGAAAAUUAUGACACGGCGAAUUAUAGUUUUCAAACAGAAGAAAGUGGUGAAAUUGAAGAACUCGAUGAUGAUGGUGAUCAAUCGUGUAUCUCAAUGGCUGCUAGUGGUGAAGAUGGAUGUCUUGAAUUACUGGAUGUGGUUAGCGAAAGCGAAAUUUAUACCACCGAUCAAGAACCAGCUCCUUCUGGCUCCUACGAGAGAGAUGAUAUUGUCCCGGAGCCACCAGAACAAAUUUCAUUGUUUUCGAAUAGAUCUGAUCCAGACAAAAGCAUGUUACACCAGGACAAUCACAUCACUUUAUCUGCAUUACCUAGCGAUGGUGAUGAAAAAAUAGCAGAUACUUUUGUGCGUAACAGUGAGGAAAACAGCGAUGUACAGUAUUACCUGCUACAAGGUUAUGAUGAUGAUGAUGAUGACGACGAUAAUGAUGACGAUAAUGAUGACGAUGAUGAUGACGAUGAUAAUGAUGACGAUGGUGAUGGAGAUGAAGAUAAAGAUAGAAACGAUGAUGAAGAUGAAAAUGAUAAUGAUGUGGAUGUUGAUAAUGUCGAUCAAAUCAAUAUUGACAAUGCUGAUGAUGAAGUGAUGCGAGAAUACAAUGACGUUUUAACCGAAGUAGAUCGGCUUGAGCGAAAAGCCAUAGCGGCAACUGAAGGAAUGAUAGAGCAUCGAAGAAUGGGUAGGGGCCAUAUAAUCGAACAGCGGCAACAUGAUGAAUCGUAUGAGCUACGACGAAAUAUUCAGCAAAUGCCAUUGCAUGAUCAUGUUUUAGCGCGAUCUGAACAACUCAACAGUACCGUCUUUGCGAAUCGUAAACUGUUUGCAGCAAUUGAGAGUUUAACACGUACGCUGAAUACAGACCAUUCACGACAAUUUCAUCAGGAGAUGUUAAAAACGGCAGUGGAAUUGUCGAACAAUUAUGCUGCGCAGCAAAGGCAGCGGUAUGCUUCAUCAACAGUAACAUUACGACGCAAUGCAACCGUUGAGCGUCGUAAUGUGGUUGAAGCACCUAGACAGCAUAGUGAUUAUGAAGAAGAUGAAAAAUCGUUCGGUAAUGUAAUAGGGAGGCGACAAGCAGAAGUGACACCCUUGCGAGCGUGGCCAUUCAAGAAAGAAUCAAAAUUCGAUUAG